AUGGCUCUAUUCAAACAUCUCGUUGUGCUUGGUCUCUGUUUCAGCGCAGGUGCUUUCCGCAUCUAUGAAGCAGAGAACCUGGAAUCACACGGUUUCCCAGAAUCAUGUGUCAGCGCUCUGUCCGCCGAUAUUACUUGCGACCCGUAUAUCCGCUCUUUCAUGCAGCCUCGCUACCGCGGCUCACUCAGAAACGUUACUCUGACUGACCAAAUCUGUGUUGGGACCUGUUCUGGUUCCCUUCGCAAAUGGGUCGACACAGUUUCCAAGGAGUGCGCUGGGGAAUCUUUUGGAUCUGCUAAUAACGCUCCCACGCGGUACGGUGGAAAUAUCUGGGCUGGCUGGAACGAGACCUGCAUCAAGGAUCCUAGGACAAAGAAGUACUGCAAUGAUAUCAUCGACGAGUUCUCUAGCCCAGGUGACGAUGAGAGCAGACCUCGUGAGGAGCUAUGCCACAUCUGCUAUCAGAGGCGUUUUGCUGUAAUGCAAUCUUCUCAGUACUCCAUCUAUAACGAGUACUACAAGAAUAAGCUUGAGUACAUCUACAAGACAUGUGGCCGUUCGGGACCAACUGAGAUCCUACCCCCUCUUAAACCAAAGCAAAAGGAACUGGACUUUUGCUUGAGUGGGAACUACUACACCUCCAAGGAGGGAGAUACCUGCGACUCUAUUUCUAAGGAAGCAGGCGUUUCCGGCGCUCUUCUGUACAUGGGCAAUCAGGACGACAUCGCGAAUUGUCGUGAGGUUCCAGCAGGCCUGAAGCUGUGUCUCCCUACAGCAUGCGAAACUUACUACGUCAAAAAAGGAGACACUUGCUUUACCGUCGAAAGUGCUUUAGGCCUGCGCAUAGACAGCAUUCCCAAGUACAACUCAUGGGUCAACCGCGAUUGCACAAACCUUCAAGGAGGCACUGACUUCUAUGGAAAGACCAUCUGCGUUUCCCCUCUUGGUUCCAAGGCCACGAUUGAAGGUGUUUUGAAGGCAUCUAUAGUCAAACACAAGAGCAGCAGUGCGAACGGACCGGUAGUAUUGCGUACCGAUCCCCCAAAAGAAGCAAAGGUGGCCGAAGGCACGACCUUGAUGUGUGGAGAUUGGCAUGUCGUUACAAAGUCGGACACUUGCACGAGUAUCUGUAAAGAAAACGACAUCUGCGAGGACGAUCUUAUGCUUGCUAUCAACCCAUCUUUGACUGAGAAGAAAUGUGACGAGAGCCUGGUCCCCGGUACGGCUCUGUGUGUUGCACCUGUCUCUGGGUGGGAUUCAACUAAAAAGGAGCUGUGA